AUGCCAGGGAUCAACGUCGGCCGCUCGGGGAAAACCGAAGGCGGCUGCUGCUGCAGCGGGGGAGGGGGCGGCAAGAGCGGAGGCUGCUGCAUCACCGGCAGAGAAGGAGGCCUCUGA